AUGUCAUUUUGUGAGGAUGAUAACGCUGUACUGAACGCUGUUGUUUCAGGGGGCAGGCCGAGAGUGAGGCUGAGCCUGCAGUCGAGAUGGUGGGAGGUUUGUGCUGGAGAGAGAGUGACUCUACACUGUCAGGUUGAGGGAAAGCCUGACGGCUGGAGGUUUUCCUGGUACAGAAACAACGAAAGAGACCCUGUGAGCCAGACAGAGAGAAAUGAGCCAACCGGCUCCAUUCUCACCUUCUCUCGCGCUGCUGUGUCUCAAACUGGCCAGUACAGGUGCAGGGCAGCGAGAGGACAAGUGGAGUAUUACUCAGAGUACAGCGACAUCAUCCAGAUUCACGUUUCCGCCGUGCCAGAGACACGUCUGACCCUGCUGCCCUCCGGGACAGAGCUCUUUACAGGAGACAAUGUCACUCUGAGCUGUGAUAUUUGGCUUCGGUCCUCUGACUGGCUCUACUCCUGGUACAAAGACAGCCCCAAGACCCCGGCCCCUGGCAGUGGGACUCAAUACACAAUCCAGUCCGCUGCCCUGUCCCACAGAGGGCAGUACUGGUGUCGAGCUGCCCGAGACGACGCCUCCUUUCAACUGAACUACAGCCAGCCAGUGACUCUGCACAUAGCAGGGGGCAGGCCGAGAGUGAGGCUGAGCCUGCAGUCGAAAUGGAGGGAGGUUUGUGCUGGAGAGAGAGUGACUCUACACUGUCGGGUUGAGGGAAAGCCUGACGGCUGGAGGUUUUCCUGGUACAGAAACAACGAAAGAGACCCUGUGAGCCAGACAGAGAGAAAUGAGCCAACCGGCUCCAUUCUCACCUUCUCUCGCGCUGCUGUGUCUCAAACUGGCCAGUACAGGUGCAGGGCAGCGAGAGGACAAGUGGAGUAUUACUCAGAGUACAGCGACAUCAUCCAGAUUCACGUUUCCGCCGUGCCAGAGACACGUCUGACCCUGCUGCCCUCCGGGACAGAGCUCUUUACAGGAGACAAUGUCACUCUGAGCUGUGAUAUUGGGCUUCGGUCCUCUGACUGGCUCUACUCCUGGUACAAAGACAGCACCAAGACCUCGGCCCCUGGCAGUGGGACUCAAUACACAAUCCAGUCCGCUGCCCUGUCCCACAGGGGGCAGUACUGGUGUCGAGCUGCCCGGGACGACGCCUCCUUUCAACUGAGCUACAGCCAGCCAGUGACUCUGCACAUAGCAGACCUCCUGCCCACCCUGAACCUGACCCAGGAUCCGGACAGGAAGAUCUUUGAGGAAGACGCAGUGGCUCUGAGGUGUGGGGCACAGGACGGGACCCUGGGCUGGCUGUACUCCUGGUACAAGGACAACCUGAACACCACUGUGCACCGGAGUGACCGCAAGGAUGUGGCUGGAGCUAACUACUCCAUCACAGCAGUUGACUUGUCUCACAAUGGGCUAUACUGGUGUGGAGCAGAGAGGGGAGAGAAGCCCAUUUAUUUAAAUUUCAGCCAGCCAGCUGUGCUGGAGGUACAUGAACGGCCCACAGCAGUGAUAUCCUUGGGACAGGAGUGGUCAGAGGUGUACGCAAGAGAGACUGCAGUACUGAGGUGCUCUGUCCCUGGAAGUUAUCCGAUGCAGAGCUUUGACUGGUACAAAGAUGAACACCCAUCUCCAGUUCACCAUUCUGAAGAUGAGAAUUGGACCAUCCUUUCAGCUCUGGAAUCACACACAGGACAUUACUCCUGUCAGGGCAGGAGCAGGGAGAAUCCAUCUUACUCCAAAAAGAGCAGUCCAGUCGAGCUGAAAGUACAGGGUAUGGUUCUGAGUGGUGUGAACUACACUCUGACCUCAGCCACCGUGCGGGACAGUGGUCAGUACACGUGCUCCGGCCAGCGCGCCUCUGCUCCCUAUUACUCCAACAGGAGCCGGACUGUUUCCGUGAGGGUGUCAGACCUGCUGCCUACCCUGAGCCUGACCCAGGAUCCGGACAGGAAGAUCUUUGAGGGAGACAAAGUGGUUCUGAGGUGUGGGGCACAGGACGGGACCCUGGGCUGGCUGUACUCCUGGUACAAGGACAACCUGAACACCACUGUGCACCGGAGUGACCGCAAGGAUGUGGCUGGAGCGAGCUACUCCAUCACAGCAGUUGACUUGUCUCACAAUGGGCUGUACUGGUGUGGAGCAGAGAGGGGAGAGAAGCCCAUUUAUUUAAAUUUCAGCCAGCCAGCUGUGCUGGAGGUACAUGAACGGCCCACAGCAGUGAUAUCCUUGGGACAGGAGUGGUCAGAGGUGUACGCAAGAGAGACUGCAGUACUGAGGUGCUCUGUCCCUGGAAGUUAUCCGAUGCAGAGCUUUGACUGGUACAAAGAUGAACACCCAUCUCCAGUUCACCAUUCUGAAGAUGAGAAUUGGACCAUCCUUUCAGCUCUGGAAUCACACACAGGACAUUACUCCUGUCAGGGCAGGAGCAGGGAGAAUCCAUCUUACUCCAAAAAGAGCAGUCCAGUCGAGCUGAAAGUACAGGUCAUCCGUCCCAGAACUGUCCUCUCCCUGCAGCCUCUACACACAGAGGUGUUUGAAGGAGACACAGUCACCCUCUCCUGUGUGGUGGAGGACGGCUCUCCAGGCUGGAGCUUUAACUGGUACAAAGACCAUCUGGACAAGCCAGCACACAACAGCCAGAGCUCCAGUUACAUCAUCAGCCCUGCUAAUCUGUCUCACACUGGCCAGUACUGGUGUCAGGCUGUGCGAGGAGAGAAACCUUUUACCCUGGACCCCAGCCUGCCCAUCAGGCUCAAUGUGUGGGAGCUGUUCACCCAUCCUGCCCUGUCAGCCCAACCGGGGAGCUCAGUCACGGAGGGGGACUCCGUCACUCUGCACUGCGACGCUGUGCUGAAUGAGACAGUUAUUCCCCGAGUUCAGCCCUGA